AAAAAAAAGAAAAGAAAAGAAAAGAAAAAACCUCAAUAACAAUCAAUUCCCCACUACGUCUAUGCGUUCCUUUUCGCGUCGUUCUGCUCAGUGAAACAACGCUUUCCCGGAUUGACUAUGUGUGAAUCUGAUAACUGUGGCCUCAAAUGACAAACGCCCUUCGCUCGCUCAAACCCUAUGGUCGAUGGAAAAAUGUUCGAGAUAUGUCAGCAGAUUAAUAAUUGUACUCCCUUGUCCGAGGUCGCUCGGAUUUAGGUGAGCAGUGCUUGACUGAUAGGGUCUCAUUUUCGGCUUGCGGAUGUUGAGAGAAGUCACUGCGGAUUGAAUUUCCGCCACAGCCUCGUAUGCCAAAGGAGACGUUGGAUCAUGCAGGAUAAAAUCUUCGGAAUUGUUUCCUGGAUUCCACAGCAAGAAACUAAGUUCGCAGAAUGCUAACAUCAAGGAACGGAAGAUAUUGGGAGAUGUAUAACUGGGUUGCGGACAGUAUUUAUUCGAACAAACGUCCCAUCUAGUGUGGUGGCCAUGAAAAUCAGCUCCUUCUUUAAAGUUAUAUACACAUAUAUACAUUCCCCCACGCUUCAUAAUGACGAAGCUUAAGUUCUGGUACUGGGCAGGCUCUUGCUCUCUGGCUCCACACAUCCUCCUCCGCGAAUUGGACUUAGACGUGGAAACCAUCCGCGUAACAGACUUCUCCGCCAAUGGUUUAGGCGUCAUAAACCCCAAGCGGCGCGUCCCCGUGCUCUCCAUCGACGACGAGAUCAUCACAGAGGCGCCCGCGAUCCUCACUGCGCUUGCCCAGCUUGGACCCCCGGAUCGCAAACUGCUUGGCAAAACACUCAUCGAAACCGCCAGAGUGUAUGAGUGGAUGAAUUGGCUCUCUGGCCAUCUGCACGGAUCAGGAUACGGCGGACUCUGGCGCCCUGAGCGAUGUUCGGACGAUGCCAGUGCGCUGGAUGGUAUUAAGGCGAGGGGAAAAUCGACUAUCAUAACUGCCUAUGAGCUUAUUGAAAAUAGCCUCGGGGGCCUGUAUGCGGUUGGAGAUGCGUUCACUGUUGUGGAUCUGUAUUUGUUGGUUUUCUAUCGGUGGGGAAAGGAAAUUGGGUUGGAGAUGGUGAAAGAAUACCCGAAAUAUACAGCUUUGAUUGCGAAUUUAGUCAAGAGAGAUGCUGUCAUUAAGACACUGGAGGAGGUGGGGUUGCCUUCGGUGUUUGCGCCCAAGAUCUGAGGGUGGGUGACUUGGCCUGCAGUUGUGAACAUUGUACGAAGGAUAAGGAACAAUAUGGACGAAUGGUGUAUAUGUAAAUCAAUAUGGCGACCGUCACAAUAUCUUACAAUAUAUUCCCGGCUGCCAUAGAUGCGCUUCAUCUGCAAGGGAUCGGGUCCUUGGAGCCAAUAUCCAAUUCCGGGACAGAACAAGUCCUUCGGGCCCAUCGAUGAUUACAACAUUGCUUUUAUCCUGACUUGACAGGGUGGAAAGUGGAGGGUGUCAUAUUCUGCAGCCAAAGCUCAUUCAUCUGGAAGAUAUUCAGGGUCCAUCGGGUCAGACUAUUAGUGACCUAGGAACCGGUGCAAAAUAAAUAUGCCGUUUAUUUAAUUGGGCCAAUCCCUGUGACUGCCAGGAAGCUCCAGUCUUCCGUCAGAAAUGGGAUAUAAGCUGCCAAAUGAAUAAUGUGUAUAUAUGUUCCCAGCUCCUUCUCGAGGGGUGAGGGAUGGUGCGAGUGGAGCAAUCAAUAUGUCGGGUCAGAGGAAAAUCGUCUUCCAAG